AAGGGGAACGAGCGCCAAGAGCUGCACGCGCUCGCUCGAAGGAGGGAGGGAGGGAGGGGAGGGAAGGGACGACGUCGGCGCCAACGCGAACCAAGAAAGAUGCGCUCAGAGCUACGCGGUAAGCGGUAAGCGCUCGGCCUCGGGGGCUCUCAAUCUUCAGCACCGAGCCUCGUUCUGGCUCCCGCGCACUCCCGCACUCUCGGACCUCUCCGCUUCUUCUCGUCCUGCUCGGUCGGCUGGGGCGGCUGCCUGCCAAUUUUGGGGUCACAAUCAAUUCGUCCGGGGAUUUCCACUUCGGACGAUGGUGGCCGUCGGAGCCUCUGGGAUUGUGCAUUUUCGAGACGGGAUAGGAGGGCGCAGGAGGGACCAAAGGAAGGAAGGAAGACGAGGAUAGGAGUCAGGGGAAUCCGAUUCGUUUGUACUCUUCCCUUGUGCGGAUGAGACGUGCGACGGACUGAUGCAUGGGUGCGAGUCAUUAAUUAAUUAGUGCGAGGAGAGAGUCGAGAGUCGAUAGUGAAUGAGAUGGUCGCGGAUGUUGGGAGGGAGGGGCGAAUUCGGGGAGCUGGAGAAUGCUGAGCUCCGGGAUGAAGUGCACUGGCGAGCAGCGCUGCCAAUUCUGAGCUCCGCGGAAGCCUCUCGCGCAGUUCUUCUGCUGAUUCGGUGAGGAGCUGCGGAGCAGUGGGGGACUGGCAGAGCGCCAGAGCCUUCGAUCUGCAAAUCCCAACUGCCGCUCGUACCAGACACGUCAUGUAGAGCAGUUUGUCCGAACAAUUGGCCUCACAAUGUGAGCCAAUCGCUCUCAGCUGUACUGUACUUCCAUCUCGGUCGUUGUGGCCCCCCUCUUCCCCUCCUCCUCCUGCUCUCCGGGUAGCGCCCCAUGGAGCGAGCUCGAACGGAUUAUGGAAUCGGGAAGCUUCUCGCUUCGUCGUGCCGCUAGAGCGCAUCGGAGAAUUGCGGAAUCUCGCAUUGAGGACGACGCACCGAAAGGAUGCACGCUUGGACGUGUUUGAAUUCCGGGCAGCGAGAGUCUGCUUCUCGGCGUCAACUGUCGUAUCGAUCGACGAGGGCGGCCCCUGAGAAUCUGUGAGCCCUCGUAGAGUCGCUCGCUGUCUGUUUGCACUUCUCUCAGCGCAUGAAAACAGCGAGCGCUCCGACCGACUCGCUUUCAGCUCGCUCACGGGCCUCGAGUGCAAGCGUUUCUUUUUCUCUUCAGUCUUCCGCCGAUAUCGAGGAGAAUUCGACCCGAAGGUCCGCUCCAAUUCGCGCAAAUGUCGGGUUGCCGAGACCCUUAGGAGGAACCGAAGCUGACCUGGGAGCGGUGGGUGGCGAGAUGGAGGGCGAUGGCAGAAGCGGAAGAGCGUCGUGCCGUUCCAGGUUUUGAAUCGGGAAUGGCGGCGGCCUGAUCGAUCCAUCCGGAGCGGAUCGGAAAGAUGAAGAGAAAAUUAGAGUGGGGAGUGAUUUUAUUUACGGUCUGCGUGAUUUUCGUCAUCCGGUUCGGGUAUCUGGAAGGCCCGAGUCAGUAUUUCAAUCUGGACCUCUUCUCGAAGUCUUCGAUCACGAGCAUCAGACUCUACUGGCCGCCGGCGCUCGGGGCGAAUGGCUCGUUCGGAGGAGAGCAGCCGAGGAUCGCCAGCGGGGACUCGAGAGCCCAGGCGCCGUCGGAAUCGCCCGCCGCAGUAGUGCAGGAUGCGGCCUCGUCGGCCCUGAGGGUUUUAGGAGCUUGGAGUGGCCUGAAGCGCGUGUUCAAUCGGUCGGAUCUGGCGCACGAGGUGAUCGAGGGAUUCAAGGAGGGCAUUCUCGCCUGGCGAGACCUGAAGAAGUAUGUGGAGGAGGGCGAGAAGGACAAGGACAAGGGCACGGAGGCCGCCGCCGCCGAAGCAGUAGUCGAGAAACGAUGCCCGUACUCCGUGAGCUCGACGAAUGCCUCGGAGCUCGCCAGCGAUGGCGGCGUGCAGUUCCCGUGCGGCCUCGUGCUCGACUCGUCCAUCACCGUGAUCGCCACCGUCACUCCCGCUGGCUCGGGCGACUUUCAGUUCGAGCUUGUGGGAGCAAAGGCCUCGGGCGACGUCGGCUCUCCGCCAGUCAUUCUCCAUUACAAUGUGCGCAUCCUCGGCGACAAGCUCACUGCCGAAGCCGUCAUCAUCCAGAACACUUGGACCUCGUCGUCUGCCUGGGGCGAGGAAGAGCGGUGUCCCUACGUGGACAAGCAGCCGAAGAAGAAUCCAGUGGAUGGGCUCGAGACCUGCAUCGAGCAGGUCGGCAAAGCCAUUACAUGGAAACCUCCGCUCGAAAGAAGAUCGGAGACGACCAAGUGGUCCAGUGUAUUCAAGGGAUCGGAGAAGUCCAAACCUUGGUUUCCGUUCUCGGAGGGAAUGCCUUUUGCUGCAACGAUCUGGGUUGGGUGGGAAGGGUUUCAUAUGACAGUGAAUGGCAAACACAUUUCUUCUUUCGAGUAUCGGAAGGGUCUCGAGCCAUGGCUGGUGAGCAAACUGCAGGUCAAGGGGGACUUGAGAAUUUCCUCCAUCAUCGCCACUGGGCUACCGAUAUCCGAAAGCGCGGAAGAGGUGGCUGGAGUGGAGUUCCUGAAGGCUCCUCCUUUACCCGGAAAAUCGAAAAAGCUGAAAUUGUUUAUUGGUGUUUUCUCCACAACCAAUAAUUUCGACAGGAGAAUGGCAAUUCGGAGGUCGUGGAUGCAGAGCGACGAAGUCCGCUCGAGUGACGUCGUCGUGCGCUUCUUUGUCGGCUUGCACAAGCAGGAUCAAGUCAACAAGGAGAUGUGGGAUGAAGCGAAGACUUAUGGUGAUAUCCAGCUUUUGCCAUUUGUGGACUAUUAUCAUCUUAUCACGUUGAAGACAAUUGCAAUUUGUAUCUACGCUACAAAGCACGUCAACGCGGACUACGUCAUGAAGACGGACGAUGACAGUUUUGUGAGAAUCGAUGCUGUGCUUGCUGCCAUCGAUGGGAGACGGGCCCGGUCGAAAAGUCUUCUUCUCGGAGAAGUGGAGAAGACGAACGGCCCUGAGCGCGACAUAAACAGCAAGUGGUACAUUUCAGAAGCGGAGUUUCCUGACCCCAAAUACCCGCCAUGGGCUCACGGACCCGGUUACGUAAUCUCCAGCGACAUUGCGAAAUUUGUUUCCACCACGAGUGGGAAGAAGGAGUUGAAGCUCUUCAAGUUGGAGGACGUGGCGAUGGGCAUUUGGAUCGACGAAUACCAUCGAACUCAAAGACGCGCAAUCGAGUACGUCGAUGACGAUAAGUUCGUGAGCGGAGGAUGCGCGGAGAACUACAUCAUCGCCCACUAUCAAAACCCGCGGCAAAUGUUGUGCCUUUGGCAAGAGUUGAAGAAACACCAACGACCAGUCUGCUGCAACUGAUUUUGUCCACAUCACUGUACCAUAAGAAGAGUCAAAGUUAGCACCGGCAACCAAUUCAGAUCUCACGUCCCUAGAAUUAGUGCACGUACUUACUCGGGCAGCAGGGUCGAUCGCGGUCAACCUUCACUGGUCCAAGAGAAAAUCCGAACUUGAGGAGCUGGGAUCUUACCCUGUGAAACGAUUGUGGCUCCCUUUCCCAAUAUGGGUCUGCCUGAUAUAGCAGAUUGUUUCACAGCCUAUACAAUUUGUACAUACCUCGAUGCAACGCGAGCUGAAAAUAUAGAAAAUCAACCAAACCGGCUGUCUGUUCGCCUGGAUUGCUCCCCUGUCUAGUUCGGACAUUGUCUCGGAUCUUGUUGUUAUACCAAUACAUUGAAAUAUAAUCAGAGUUCAUGAUUCUGUUUUAGACC